AUGAUGAUACCUGGAAUGGCGCCAGGUAUGUUUCCAUGGCAUCGGUGGUCGAAAUCAAAGAUUGAGAAGCAAAGCAGCAUGUGGGACGGCGAAGCUCAACAACGCCGCCAAAGCCCGGCUGCAAGGUCAGGUCAAUAUUGUGCUGCUACUGUGAAGUUCAUUGUACCUGUCAUCAUCUUCAUGGGUGUCUUUGGGUUUGUCUUGACGAACUUUUUCCCUGCAGAGUUCAGACACUUUGUCCUUGGCAGUGCUACAGAAAGGCGAAUCACGGGAACAGACCUUGAAAAACUCAUGAGUCCAACUCAUGUUGACACGGGAGGCUCACGCCGACUGCGACUCUUCAUGCCCGCCGACGGACCAAACAUCAACCUCUGCAAGACAGUCAUGUCUGCGGUGGCGCUAGGCUAUCCUAUGCCUACACUUCUAAACUGGAACGGAGAGUUUAACAGGCCUGACUGGCACUUUGCUGGUUCCCACAUUGCGAAGCUCGAGUCGCUUUUGGCGGUCAUUGAUGCUCUAUACGACAAAGAUGACGGGGAAGAUGUGAAUGAGAACGAUCUCAUUCUCCUUGUGGAUGCCUACGAUAUCUGGUUUCAGCUCCCGCCAUCCGUCUUGAUUGAGCGCUUUCACCAGCUAAAUCGCAAAGCCAACAUCCGGAUACAGAAGCAAUGGGAGGAAAGCGGCCUCAAGAGCGGGUUUCCCAUUAGUCCCCCAACGCAAAGCGUCGUCGUUACCACGGCCAAGGAUUGCCAGCCGGACUGGGAGUCAGGGUCGGAUCCGCGGUACGACUACUGGCCAGACUCGCCCCUGCCACGAAACUUUUACGGCGAAAAGACCGAUCAGGUUCUACCUUAUGUCUUCGACUCGGCGAGAAAGUACAAAAAGAUUCGACCGCGAUGCGUCAAUAGCGGAAUGAUAAUGGGCACUAUCGGAUCAUUACGCGGCGCGCUGCGCAAGAGCAAGGAGAAAGUUGAAAAAGCCGCGGUUAGUGGGCGACAGCUCUGGAGCGAUCAGGCGCUCUUUGCGGAGGUCAUUGGAGAUCAGGAAAUUUAUCGCCACUGGGUCAGGGGGCUCUCUUCGACGUGGAAUGGCUUUGUUUCUCAAGAGAAUCUGGGAAGUAUGCCGAAGGAGGUGCGGCGUAUUGCAGACGCGGCGCUGGCUGGCGAGAAGUUUGAAUUCGGGAUCGGGCUGGAUUACGAGUUUGCCACGAUCCCGCCUACCUGCUCUUCUGAAGACGACGGGUACUUUGUGGAGCUUGAAGAUGUCGAGGCCAUCAAGAGAGAGUCUGAAAAGGCUGGAGUCCCAGGUGAGGUGAGGGUACAGGGCAUUCCUGAGGAAUUGCGAGAUAUCCCUCGGCCCCUUCCGGGGUACACUUGGGGCAACGUCUCGCUCUACAUCGACUUCUUCUUUGGCACCGCGCCUGUGGGCAUACAUCACAACGCCUACAUCUUUGGGCUGAAAAAGUGGCGGCUGGAGAACUGGUGGAGUCUGAUGUGGUUCUACCCUCACUUGCGCGAUCUCAUCGUCCAGGCUCUGGAUGCGAACAUAAAGUUGAUGCCCCUAGCGAGACUUCUCACUCAUGGCGACAGCGGGAACGAGAUGGCUUACUGGGCGGCGGAGGAAGAGGUGAAUGGAAAGAAGAGUGUCAGGGUGUAUGACGGCUUGGAACAGCCUGGCAACUUUUCAUUUAUUGCCUGGGAUGGAAUAUGUCAGAAGGGAGAUCAAACUUGGUACGAUGUGCUAUUUGGAGAUGGAAAAGGGCCGCUGGAUGUGUGA